AGAUCAUUUGUUUUUACAUAAAUUUUGCAGGUGAAAUACCGAAAGAGGUAAGCAAUCUCAUUGAGUUGGAGGAGUGUAAUCUAGAGGAUAACAGAUUCAGUGGUUCGUUUCCAAUAGGGAUUUUCAACAUCUCAGGACUGAGAUUGAUUGAUCUUACACUUAGUACUCUAUCGGGAACUCUCCCAUCGAAUAUAGGUUCGACACUUCCCAACAUUGAACUUCUUUAUCUUGGUGGCCUAACUAAUCUUGCUGGGAGUAUACCUCAUUCCCUCUCGAAUUGUUCAAAACUUACAACUCUAGACCUUGCUUUGAACAAACUCUCUGGCUCGAUUCCCAACUCUCUUGGAGAUUUGGCACUCCUAGAGACCCUAAACUUAAGGGGAAACAACUUAAGCAGUGACCAGUCUUCUCAAGAACUUAGCUUCUUAACUUCCUUGACAAAAUGUAGAAAUCUAAAGGAGCUUAGUCUUUCCUAUAACCCCCUAAAUGGUAUGCUUCCAGCCUCAGUUGGAAACCUUUCCACUUCUCUUGAAAAGGUUUUAGCUUCUGAUUGCCAAAUCAAAGGUGGAAUUCCAAGUGAAAUUGGGAAUUUAAGCAGCUUAAUCUUCUUGUAUCUAUACAAGAACAUCUUGACUGGACCAAUUCCCAUGACACUAGGCAAUUUAAGCAGGCUACAAAUACUGUCCCUGGCCAAGAAUAAGCUAACAGGAUCUAUUGGAGAUAACCUAUGUAAAUUGCAGAACUUGGGUGAAAUAUACUUGGGUGAAAAUCAGUUCUCAGGGCUUGUUCCUAAAUGUUUAGGGAAUGUUACUUCCCUUAGGGUGAUACAACUCAAUUUUAACAGAUUGAGUUCUACUAUACCAGCAAGCUUAGGUCACCUCAAAGAUCUUCUGGAGCUCGACUUAUCAUCUAACAACAUGAGUGGUUCUUUACCUACAGAAAUUGGAAAUAUAAAGGCUGCAGUACAUAUAGAUCUUUCGCAGAAUCAAUUUUCAAAUGGUAUUCCUAGAGAAAUAGGAGACAUGCAAAAUCUGAUACACCUUUCUUUGGCACAAAACAAGCUGCAAGGAUCUAUACCUGACUCAAUUGGUAGCAUACCGAGUUUGGAUUUUCUAGACCUCUCGAAUAACAAUCUAUCUGGAUCAAUUCCGAUGUCCUUAGAGAAUCUUCGAUAUCUCAACUAUUUCAAUGUUUCCUGUAACAGCUUGCAUGGUGAAAUUCCCUCUAGUGGUCCUUUCAAGAACCUUUCUGGCCUGUCAUUCAUGUUGAAUGAAGCAUUGUGUGGUGCUCCAAGAUUUAGUGUCCCUCCAUGCCCCACUUCUUCAAACCAUAGAUCAAAGCGGAAAAAGUUACUUCUGAUAGUCUUUCCUCUACUGGGAGCUGUUGUGAUAAUUGUUUUUAUAAUAGUGGCAUUUGUGUGGAUGAGGUACAGAAGAGAAGGAAAUGUUCCAGACCAAGCUGAUUUGUUGGCUACAAGGGAACGAAUUUCAUACUACGAAAUAGUACAAGCCACUAACGAUUUUAGUGGGAGUAAUUUCAUUGGUUCGGGGAGCUUUGGUUCGGUUUACAAAGGAAUUCUCAGAAAUGGGACUAUCAUUGCAGUUAAAGUGUUCAACCUACAACUAGAAGGUGCAUUCAAGAGUUUCGAAACAGAAUGUGAAGUUCUUCGCAACCUUCGCCAUAGGAAUCUCACCAAAGUCGUUAGUAGUUGCUCCAACCUUGAUUUCAAAGCUAUAGUGCUGGAGUACAUGCCUAAUGGGAGCCUUGAAAGGUGGUUGUAUUCGCACAACUACUUCUUAGACAUCAUUCAAAGACUAAGCAUAAUGAUAGAUGUGGCAUUUGCAUUGGAAUAUCUCCACCAUGGUUGCUCUACACCUGUGAUUCAUUGUGAUCUGAAGCCUAGCAAUGUCUUGCUAGAUGAAAACAUGGUAGCUCAUGUAAGUGACUUUGGCAUUUCUAAACUACUCGGUGAAGAUGAGAGUGAUUUACACACUAAAACAUUAGCGACGUUGGGCUACAUUGCACCAGAGUACGGAAGGGAGGGAUUGGUGUCGCUACAAUGUGAUGUUUAUAGUUAUGGGAUCAUGUUGAUGGAAACAUUUACAAGGAAAAGGCCUAACGAUGAUAUAUUUGAUGGAGAUCUUAGUUUAAGGAAAUGGGUGAAUGAUUCACUCUCAGAGGCAACAAGCAAGGUUGUAGAUGCGAAUUUGCUAAAGCCAGAAGAUAAGGACAAGAUAGAUUGUGUAGCAUCCAUCAUGAAAGUGGCACUAGAUUGCUCUGUUGAAUCUCCUGAUGAAAGGAUCAACAUGAAAGAUGUUGUAGGAAUGCUACAAAAGAUCAAGAUUCAACUUCUUUCAUGUUCUGCAAGUACAUAAAAACAUUUUAUUCAUGUCACUUAAGGGUAUAGCAAGUGUUUGGUAAACUUCUUAGCUGCAUACAUAGAUUGUUUAUUUAUAUUUUGUUCCGUUUAUAUUUUAUAGUCAUUUACUCAUUUAUAUGCUACCUCCAUAUUAUCUGCUUUUU